UUUACACCUUGUAAUUUCUAAAGUGGAGGUGCUACAUUGUAAGGUGAGUAUUUAAUCAUACUUUGAAUAAUCUGUGGAGUGCCAGGAAAUGACUUUUCCAAAUUGUACAGAACACUUUCUUCCCUGAAGACUCCAGACCAUUAAAUCAUCAUCCAGGUAUUCCAGAAGCAACAUAUAAGUAUCGCUGGGAAAGAGUCCUUCCCUAUGGAGAGAAGCCAGGCAGAAGCUCUGAAGGCUAAACUCCUCUACCAGGACGUUUGCUUGGCAGCUCAGCGCCUUGACCUAUUCCUACAACAUGGAAAUGCACACAGAGAGGUGUUCAAGCCCCACAUCCUGGCUCUCAGGGAUAUGGUUCACCAAGCCUGCAUUAAACUCAUGUUUCUGUACCCAGUGGCUUAUGGGAGGAAGGCAGAGGAGCUGCUGUGGAGGAAAAUGUAUUCUGAUGUGGCAAUGCUUCUCAUGGAGACCAACAGAAAACAUACAGAAACUUUCGAACACUGGGAAGGCCCCUUGCGGGCUCACCUGAAGGGUGGCCUCCAGUUCUAUGAGCAUCUCUUCCUGUUUCUUCAGGGUCACUAUGAGCUGAGGCUACAGAGCUACAUAGACUGGCCUCACAGUGGGGUGCACUCGAUUGGCUCUAAAAAAGUGGGUCCCACUUCAGAGGAAGAAGCUGCCUGGGCUCGCCUGGCCUGCCAUCGCUGCCUACUCUACCUGGGAGACUUGUUCCGCUACCAGAACGAAUUCCUAGACUUGGCUACGAAGCACCUAGCUGAGCGAUGCUACUACAGAGCACUGUCAGUGGCCCCCCACCUGGGGAUGCCCUUCAAUCAGUUGGGAGCUCUUAUGGGGACCAAAUACUAUGACGUGGCAGCCACUUACUUCUACCAGCGCUGCCUCCACUCAGAAGUGCCUUUCAAAGGGGCAGUCUGGAACCUCAAACGACUCUAUGAUCAUGCAGGAAAAAGGUACAGCUCGCUGAAAAGGUACCAGGGGAAGAAACUGUCUCGUAGCCAGAGACAGUGUUGGGAUAACAAGCGGCUGCUCGUUAGCUUUCUCUACCUUCAGAGUCUCCUGCAACCGCAGAGGAAAUUCAAGGCAGCCAGGUUGAUAGCCCUAUGCCAGCUGGUUCUGGAAGAUUUUCGUCUCUGUCUUUCUUAUCGGCCAUGUCCUUCUGAUCUGUGCCAGGUGUUUACAGAUACCAAACCCUUAAGAGGAUACCUGUUUCUACCAGACCCCCUCAUCUUCCACAUGGUUGUUCUUUGCCUCAUGAGUGUGCACAGUCUGAGGAAAACAGGCUCCAAGCAGCAAAAACCUGCAGUCAUCUUCACAUUGACCCUCUUCUCACACGUAAUUCAACAUGUGAGCACACGAAUCCAGACAGAGCUCCAGAAAGUGAAGCUGACUCCCGAAGUGGCUGCCCUCAGCGAUGGAAGCUGUAAGAAGGAGAUCGGAGAAAGACAAAAAAUCUUUCCAGCAUCCAGGCCUCACCACAGCAAAUUCCAGAAAAGCCACAGCUGUUUUUGUGGCUCUAGUAUGGGUUACAUCUCAGAAGCCACUGUUUAUUCAUGCUGUGACUCCGAUGAGACAGAGGAAGAGGAGGAGAACUUUACUUCACAGCUCCAUUCUGAAACAAGUAGUGAAACUUCAGAUACAAGUGAUGAGGAAGAGCAAGGUGGGUCCCCAGGUGCAGAAGCAGUGUGGGAAAGCCAGGCCACAUCCAAUUCUAAAGGCGCCCACCCCAGGAAUAUAUUGAGGGCAUAUAAACCUCCCAAUAGUCUUCUAGAACUCUUGAAAACCACAAUUUCAUCAAAUCUGCCAGCUCCACUUAGCCAAAAGCUUCAAGGAAAAUACAGUUCACACUUGCCUCCUGUCUUCAGUCACAGUGUUCUGACACCUCUGUCUGAGCUGCGCCCUGCCUCCAGCAGGCUCUCCAGCACCCAGGGUGAGAGAGGCUGCUUUCCUGAAGCAGAUGUUGACAGUAGUUCCUUCUUGGAGCAGAGUAACACCAUUGGCAGGUCUCCUCACCAUCUGCAGACCAUUCAAAAGAAACUGAAGAUUCUCUCUGCAGAGGGGUUACUCCCCACCAUCAAGGUGAUCCUGGCCUGGCUCCACUCCAACCACAGCCUUCUCUGCUCACACUGGCGGAGUUCCCUUAGCCUGUGGGACCAUCUCUGUGUACUGCUGAAUCUGUUACCCUCUGAGGGAGACCUUCAGCAACCAGGCCUAGGCCUCUCUCCACAUCUCCACCAACUGCUGCAAAGCUGUAAAGAUCUCCACCCGGCUGGGUUCCUGCAGCUCCCUGAGGACAUUGCUCUGUUUCAGCACUCUCCACCACAGGCUUUCCAUGAAACGAUGGGCUUCAAGCAGGACUCCCCUCCCCUCAGCCACCAGGAUGAAACCGUUGUGCGCAUCUGUUUCCUCAGAAGUUUUGGCCAUUUUGUGACUAGACUCUCUGGACAGUUCCUGAGAUUUGAUUCUAAGAUGGGUGUCUUUGUGAGCAGCACACCUGGAAGGCCAGAACAUCCAUCUCAGCUGCUUCCAAGGGGACAAAGGAUCAGAUUUUCCAAAGAUAUUGUUCAGCUCUGGCUUCAGCGUGAAGUAGCAAUGUUAGAGAAGACCCUCAGGGGCCCCCAGACUCGAUCAGCUUUGACCCCUUACCUGUUCCCUGAUCCCAGGGCUCUGUGUGAGCAUCUUCCCAUUAUACAGCAGUUCACCACCAGUGGUAAGUUUUUCCUCAUCAUACCCAAGAUUGUGGUUGACACACUAUAUAUCCUGAGGAGAGAAGACCACAGGGCCUUGACAGCCAUCACCUUCCUAGAGGACGAGUUGAAGAGAGGGAACCAGUAUAUUCUUUGCCAGUCCUUUGUGUCUAAAAAGUUGAUAAGGCCCAGGAUGACCAGACCAGACUCUGAUGCUUGGGACCUCUAUAAUAUUCUUGAUUUUUGCAAACGUCUGUUGGAUGCUUCCAGGCAAGGGACCACAGAUCCCAGCAGCUUGGUAACCAUCAUUACGGGUACCUGUUUGGACAACCCUAGGAAUUUCUCAUAUCCUCUGCAGUUGGUACUGGGGCUUGCCACUGAAGCUGGUGUGGAAAUCAAGAACAUUCUGCACUUCCACAGAGAGUGGAAAGCAAUCAGCUAACACAAUCAUCUCUCUCCUAUUCCUCCUCCUUCAGCACUAAUGGAUCAAAUUCAAUGUUUCUCUAGUAAGCACCUAAGGCUGUGAACAUUUGUGGUAAUGACUAUUUGUGUCUAC